AUGGCGAACAGUUGUGACUUGAUGCUUUUUAUAAACCACUGUGGGCAGUUUGUAAAGGUUGGCAAUGAAUUUGAGUAUUAUGGAGACGAGGUCACUUCAAGAUAUGGAUUUGACAAAGAUAGAUUUGAAGAAGUUCAAAAAUUAGGGUACACUAAAGGAGAGAAACUGUAUUUUAGGGCUAACAACAGUAGAAAGUAUGUUCACAUGCACAAUGAUGAGGGUGUCAUGGAAAUGCUUUCUAUGAUGGAACCUGGGAAGCAUUAUGUUCAAAUAUAUGUUGAUUCUGGUUCCACAAAUGAAAGUCAAGGUGAUGAUAAGCAAAAAGGCAUAGCAGAUGUGCAACAAGCAGCUGAUGAUAAUGUUUGUGAGGAUAGCACAGAUGAGGAGUAUAUUGUAGAAGAAAGUUCUGAAUCAGAUGGUCUCAGUUUAGAUGAAAUAGAAAGUUGUGAAUUAGAUGCACUUGGUCAACUUAGUGGAGAAGAGUAUGAUAAGCAAAAAGGCAUAGCAGAUGUGCAACAAGCAGCUGAUGAUAAUGUUUGUGAGGAUAGCACAGAUGAGGAGUAUAUUGUAGAAGAAAGUUCUGAAUCAGAUGGUCUCAGUUUAGAUGAAAUAGAAAGUUGUGAAUUAGAUGCACUUGGUCAACUUAGUGGAGAAGAGUUGGACCAGUUUAUUGAUAAUUUUCAUGAGGACAGCACAGAUGAGGAGUAUGUUCCAGAAGAAGAAAGUUCAGAAUCAGAUGGACUGGGUGGAGAUGAAUUAGGAACUGAUGAUGAAGAAUACUUUGAAGCAAGGAGAAAAAGAGCUGAAUCCAAAAAAGUUGCAGAUGAAGAAACUGAAAAUUUCACAUUAUCUUCUGAAAAGGGGUGUGGUUCCACAAAUGAAAGUGACUUCCAGUCUCUGAGGGAAGAUCAUUCUGAUUAUGCAGACUCAGCAGAAGAGGUUUGUUCUGAUUCUUCAAGCUCAGGAGGGUUUAGUGGAGAUGAUGAUGUCAGUCAUAGGAAGAAGAAGAGAAAUAUGAUAAUGUAUGAUGCCAAGGUUGACCAUAAGCAAUUCAAGUUUGAACUUGGUAUGAGAUUCCCGUUGAUGGCGGAUGAAGAAGGGAAAGAAAAUGCUCCCAAAGAGUGGGAAGUCGUGUCACUCACUGCAUCAGCAUAUGCUGCUGCCCCUUGGACCCAAAGAGCUCGACCCGACCCAAGAUAA